UAACCUGGCAACGCAACUCAGCCUUAUGAUCGAACGGACCAAAGAGGAACUACAUGAAAGCCUUGAAGCACUUAAACAGCCAUCAACAACAAUCAGUGACAUUACGAAAGGCCAAUGCUACAGCAGGCUGAGAGAAGAACAGAACCUUCGCCCUGAUGAUUUGACGUUGACAAUAAAUACUGAUGGGAGCCCUGUAUGGAAAUCUUCGAAGACCUCAGUGUGGCCCCUGCAAUUUAUUGUUAAUGAACUCCCUCCGCACUUGCGAUUUAAGCACCCGGUUCUCGCUGGGCUCUGGUUCGGCAGAAAGCACCCAGAAAUGCAACUGUUUCUUGAGGAGUUCGUGAAUGAGGUGAACAGCACAGGGGUUGUGAAGUGGACUCACAAAGGCAACAUUCAUGUAUCAAAGCCUUAUGUAUUGUGUGUCUCCGUUGAUGCACCUGCAAGGGCAUCUGUGCAGAACAUGGUGACCUUCAAUGGAUAUUUUGGUUGCACAUGGUGCCUGAAUCCAGGAGAGCACAGGGAAGGGAGCAUGCGGUACACAAUGGUGUCUCCAAUGGAACAGAGAACUUCAGACCGUGUCAAGAGUGAGAUGCAUCUGGCAAGCAGGCUUAAAGACACCAUCAAUGGCUUAAAGGGACCGUCAGCCUUGAUGAACUUGAAAGGUCUGGACCUUGUCAACGGAUACAGCGUUGAGUAUAUGCACUGUGUCCUACAAGGUGUUUCAAAGCAGCUGACGGAAACAAUUCUAUCAAGUUCAAACUCUGAUCAGCGUUUCUAUUCUGGUGCACCAUCAGCACUUUCCCGAAUAGAUGCACGGCUGCUGUCCAUCAAGCCACCUCACUGCAUCACACGACUGCCACGGUCCGUUCAAGAAAGAUGCCAUUGGAAGGCAUCUGAAUGGAGACACUGGCUCCUCUUCUAUGCUUUGCCUUGCCUUAAUGACAUUCUUCAUCAAGAGUACUGGAGGCACCUCUCCAAGCUUUGCGAGGGUAUAUAUAUCCUGCUUCAAGAGAAACUCACCAUUCUUGAAAUUGACAAAGCUGAGUCUCUUCUGAAGAACUUCGUAUCGAGGUGCGAGGCAUUAUAUGGUGUGGCGUUCAUGACAUAUAAUGUCCAUGCCCUCCUCCACCUUGGAAACUGCGCCCGUUCCCUUGGACCCCUUUGGGCACAUUCUGCGUUCGUGUUUGAAGGGGGAAAUGGCAACAUUCUGCGGCAGAUUUCUGCAGCAAAGGGCCUUCCGGACCAAAUUAUAGAGCGAAUCAUCAUGUUUCAGCAGCUACAGCGUGUACUUGAAAGUCCACUUCUACCUUCUGAAGAAAAAAGGUUGUGCAAUGGUUUCCUUGGAUAUUCACCUGUAAAAAACUUUUUCCGUGUGGAUGGCCUAUCACUCUUGGGCAUAGGUAAGAACAUAGUGCUGAGCGCUGAAGAGCAAGAUGCAGUGUAUGAUAGGUGUGGAGUGGUUGUAUCCACUGCUGUGGAAUAUGAGCGGUUUGUGCGAAACAAGCAAGUUUUCCAUAGCACUGGAUUCAGAAGACCGUCAAAAUCGGAUACUACCUUUGUGCGGACAGAUGCUGGGUGCUAUGCACGAAUUGAAAAGAUAAUUGUGCUCGAAGAGACAGGCUGUUGUGUUGUCAUCUGCAGACCCGUGAUUACAGCAGACAUUCGUGCCAUUUCUCCUCACAUAAAGGAGUGCUUCCUUUCAUGUGAUGGAACACGGAAUGUGUUCUUGCCUAAUGAAAUUGUUGACAGCUGUCUAUGCAUAGACUUUGUGCAAGAAGAUAAGAUGUUCAUUUGUGACCUCCCAAAUAAGAUUGAAAGGGAUUAAAGGGACACUAACAAGGAAAACGAAUUUAGCUGUGUUAGUAAAUAACCGUUCCUCAUUACCAAAAACAAAGUGUC